UCGGAGUCGCCCCGAGCCGGCAGCAGCCGGGGAGCUGCUGGCGCUGCUGCUGCUGGUGCUGCUGCUGCUGUUGCUGGUGCUGCUGCUGCGACGGCCGCGGCAGCGGCGGCGGCGGCGGCAUUCGCAUCUGCAGCGCCAAGGCCAAGGGGGAGAGCCGGGUGUGCCCUUGGCCACCCAGCGCGAUCCUCGCUGCGUGGCUGACUCGGUUUCCGCGGUCAUCCAGACAUCUUGGCGGCUUAGGACUUAGCCCCCCGCGAGGAUGCGGCUGUUCCGGUGGCUGCUGAAGCAGCCGGUGCCCAACCAGAUCGAACGCUACUCACGCUUCUCGCCCUCCCCUCUCUCCAUCAAGCAGUUUUUGGACUUUGGAAGGGACAAUGCUUGUGAAAAGACCUCAUACAUGUUUCUACGGAAGGAGCUUCCUGUACGUCUAGCAAAUACAAUGAGAGAAGUUAACCUACUGCCUGAUAAUUUACUUAAUCGGCCUUCAGUAGGCUUGGUCCAGAGCUGGUAUAUGCAGAGUUUCCUCGAACUUUUAGAAUAUGAGAAUAAGAGCCCUGAGGAUCCACGAGUCUUAGAUAACUUCCUGCAAGUUCUCGUUAAAGUUAGAAAUAGACACAAUGAUGUGGUUCCCACCAUGGCCCAAGGAGUUAUCGAGUACAAGGAGAAGUUUGGGUUUGACCCGUUCAUUAGCAGUAACAUCCAGUAUUUCCUGGACCGAUUUUAUACCAACCGCAUCUCUUUCCGUAUGCUUAUUAAUCAACACACUCUUCUCUUUGGCGGUGAUACUAAUCCAGCUCAUCCCAAACACAUCGGAAGUAUUGAUCCCACCUGCAAUGUAGCAGAUGUAGUGAAAGAUGCAUAUGAAACGGCCAAAUUGCUAUGUGAACAGUAUUACCUGGUAGCGCCUGAACUGGAGGUCCAAGAAUUCAAUGCCAAAGCUCCAGACAAGCCUAUUCAGGUAGUAUACGUGCCCUCACAUCUGUUUCACAUGCUGUUUGAGUUGUUCAAGAACUCCAUGAGAGCGACCGUGGAACUGCACGAAGAUAGAAAAGAGGGUUACCCGGCCGUGAAAACCCUUGUUACUCUGGGAAAAGAGGACUUGUCCAUCAAGAUCUGUGACCUAGGCGGUGGGGUCCCACUCCGAAAAAUCGAUCGCCUCUUUAACUACAUGUAUUCCACUGCCCCGAGACCCAGUCUGGAACCCACGAGAGCUGCCCCUCUGGCUGGAUUUGGUUAUGGUCUACCAAUUUCUCGACUGUAUGCUAGAUACUUUCAGGGAGAUUUAAAACUCUAUUCAAUGGAAGGAGUAGGAACUGAUGCUGUCAUAUAUUUAAAGGCUCUUUCAAGUGAAUCAUUCGAACGACUUCCGGUUUUCAACAAGUCUGCCUGGCGUCAUUACAAGACCACGCCAGAGGCCGAUGAUUGGAGCAAUCCCAGCAGUGAACCCAGGGAUGCCUCCAAAUACAAGGCGAAACAUUGCAGUUUUCAAGAACCAGUGGAUGAAGUUAAGUGAUGACUUACAGUAUGUAAAAGUGCAUAAUCGGACAAGAUCAAGACUAAUAGAACUUUCUAGGAAAUUAAAUUCUUCAGUCCUCGUUAUGAAGCAAGAUUAUCUUCUACAUGUCAACUAGAAAGAACUUUCCUCCACCAAGUUCAAGUUUAAGUUAAAACAUCAUAGCUAUUCUAGUGCUUCAGUGUGUAUUUGCUCCAUACCAUCUGUAACCUUCCUGUAGUACUCCCUGUUUCCACCCAAGUACCACUAAAGUAACUUCACAUAGUGUAUUGCCGUGAUUCAGUUGGCGCCUGUCACAAGAGAGCACAAAACCUCAUCAGUGCGCUCAUGUGCUCAGUCUUCUUUUAUGCUUUUAGAGUCAAAAAUCUGCCGCGGCUCCAAUAUUCUUGCUUCCUUCCCCAUUCCUGUACAACGGCUCUCCGCUGUUGCUCUUUGUGACCAAAUAUGCUGUUUGUCCCAAACCACCAGCUAAGAUCUGGGGAGACCGGAAGUUGAGGACACCAGCUGAACGUGUCUUGAUAAUUCCAAGGGCCCAGAGGUGUCAUAUCUCUCCCUCCACACUCUCUGGUUUUAACUUUGCCUUCUUGCAUCUGAUUGUAUUGUCAUUGUGAGGUGUGAGUACUUUGGCAUUGGAUCACUCUUGGAAUCACUAAUUUUGCUUUAAAGUUCUCUUGUGUACUUCCUUCCGUUCUGUUGAUUAAAGCAUUCCAAAAGUUG